UGGCUUUUUGGGUGGUGGAGGGAAGUUGUAGUUCUUCGCAGCGGACGCUCAUCUGUAGUGCUCGUCAUUGAUUUAUAAGAAUUCAACUACACGUCCCGACGUCGCAACGCGGGCUCUCGUAAUUGGUGUGAACGUGUAAAUUGCGCUCGCGCCUCUGAAUUUGACUGCGCAGCUCCAGAGGACGCAGCCGGUUCUCCAGAGGACGCAGCCGGUUCUCCAGAGGACGCAGCCGGUUCUCCAGAGGACGCAGCCGGGCUCCAGAGGACGCAGCCGGUUCUCCAGAGGACGCAGCCGGGCUCCAGAGGACGCAGCGGUCGGGCCGGGAUGUGGAACAUGAACGCGGGUUCUGCGGAGAUAUGAACCAAUGCGCCGCGUGGCGACGGCACGCCGUGGAAGAAGCCCACGUCACGAUGAGUCAAAAGUCGCUGCUUUGUAGAUACAAUCAGAGGAAAUAGAGGAUUUCGUUGUAGUUUAGGGGGGGAAUCGGUCAGUUUUGUGCGCGCAGAAUCGCGCGCUGGAGAUUUGGGGCUGAGUCAACUCUUCCUCCGAAUAAACUUUUGCUCUACUGUCGGAACAGAAUGAGUGCCGGCCAGAGGUCCGAGGAUAUUUCCACUCUUCACGGGACCCACGCGCCUCGCACCGGUCACUGACACAUCCUUUGUUUACGCACGAAGAGAGAAGGAUCAGUGCACGCACGUUUUGUUUCCCACGUGUAUGUGGAUCCACUUUGCUCCGCUUUUUUAAAUGAUACGAGAUCUGAGCAAGAUGUACCCCCCGGCCCGGCAUCCGCCGGGACAGCCGCUAAAGUUCACUGUCACCGAGUCCUGCGACCGGAUCAAGGAGGAGUUCCACUUCCUGCAAGCCCAGUAUCACAGUCUGAAAUUGGAGUGUGAGAAACUGGCCAGUGAGAAAACCGAGAUGCAGAGACACUAUGUCAUGUACUACGAAAUGUCGUACGGACUUAACAUCGAGAUGCACAAGCAGGCGGAGAUUGUCAAGCGGCUGAACGCGAUCUGCGCCCAAGUCAUCCCCUUCCUCUCUCAGGAGCAUCAGCAGCAGGUGGUGCAGGCGGUGGAGCGGGCCAAGCAGGUCACCAUGGCUGAACUCAACGCCAUCAUAGGACAGCAGCAGCUCCAGGCUCAGCACCUGUCCCACGGCCACGCCAUCCCCGUCCCACUCACGCCUCACCCGGCGGGCCUCCAGCCCCCCCUGGUCCCCGGGGCCGGCACCACCGCCAGCCUCCUGGCCCUGUCGUCCGCCCUGAGCCACCAGCUGCCGCUCAAAGACGAGAGGAAGCUCCUUGACAACAGCGGUGAUCACCCGAGAGACAGAGACUCGCUCAAGAGCUCAUCCGUUUCUCCCUCGGCCAGUUUUCGGAACCGCGAGAAGCACAGAGGUUUGAGCGAUUACUCCUCCGACAGCAAGAAACAGAAGACCGAAGAGAAGGAGUUGUCCUCGACGCGCUAUGAAAGUGACGGCGAGAAGAGCGACGACAACUUGGUGGUGGACGUCUCCCAACGAGGUACAAUGAACUGUUUUGAUCAGGCGUCUCUCAGAGGGAGUCCUGCUCACUCGUCUCGGGAAAACGGAUUGGACAAGAGCCGCCUGACGAAGAAUGGAGGCGCCGCUGAGUCCGUCUUCGUCGCCUUCUCCAGCAGCACGCCUACUUCCAAUGCAAAGAGAUUAAAUGAGAAGUCCACAACACCGGGGUCCAAGUCCAGCACCCCCACCUCCCGCUCCGACGGCCCGACGCCGAGCAGCGCCUCCACCCUGGGCCUGAGGUCCGCACCCGGCAAACCCCCGGGAGUCGAGGCUCUGGCUCCUGGUCUCCGCACCCCCCUGGCGGUGCCCUGCCCGUACCCCAGUCCCUUUGGGUUGGUUCCCCACCCGGGAAUGAACGGGGAGCUGAGCGGAGCCGGGGCAGCCUACGCCGGCCUGCACGGCAUUUCUCCUCAGAUGAGCGCGGUGGCCGCCGCUGCUGUGGCGGCUUACGGACGCACACAAGUGGUGGGAUUUGAUCCUCACCACCACAUACGUGUCCCCGUCCUUCCCCCUAACUUGUCAGGCAUUCCCGGGGGAAAACCGUAUGUGAAAAUCCUUUUUUCUCCCUCUUUCUUUGUCACAUAUCGCUCAUACUCUCUACUCAACACCCUCGGCCAGAGAGAUGUGGUGUGCGCCGUAACCAUUAGCAACCCCACGCGGCACGUCUACACCGGUGGCAGGGGAGGCGUCAAGGUGUGGGACAUCAGUCACCCGGAAAACAGGACCCCCGUGUCCCAGCUGGACUGCCUCAACAGAGACAACUACAUCCGCUCCUGUCGGCUACUCCCCGACGGGCGGACCCUCAUCGUCGGGGGCGAGGCGAGUACCCUCUCCAUCUGGGAUUGGGCCACGCCGACUCCACGGAUCAAGGCCGAGCUGACUUCGUCUGCGCCAGCGUGCUACGCUUUGGCCAUCAGCCCCGACUCCAAGGUCUGCUUCUCCUGCUGCUCCGACGGAAACAUCGCUGUGUGGGAUCUGCACAACCAGACGUUGGUUAGGCAGUUCCAGGGCCACACCGACGGAGCCAGUUGCAUAGACAUCUCUAAUGAUGGCACCAAGCUGUGGACUGGAGGCCUGGACAACACCGUGCGGUCCUGGGACCUGAGAGAGGGACGGCAGCUGCAGCAGCACGACUUCACUUCACAGAUCUUCUCACUGGGUUACUGUCCAACGGGCGAGUGGCUGGCAGUCGGGAUGGAGAACAAUAACGUGGAGGUCCUGCACGUCACCAAGCCUGACAAGUACCAGCUCCACCUGCACGAGAGUUGCGUGCUCUCACUCCGGUUUGCUCACUGUGGUAAGUGGUUCGUGAGCACGGGAAAAGACAAUCUGCUCAACGCAUGGAGAACCCCGUAUGGAGCCAGCAUAUUCCAAUCGAAGGAGUCGUCCUCGGUGCUGAGCUGCGACAUCUCCGCAGACGACAAGUACAUCGUGACGGGCUCGGGAGACAAGAAGGCCACCGUCUACGAGGUCAACUACUAGGGGGGCGACGCUGCGCCUUUCAGCCGGACAUUCCGCGCCGCCUGUGUACAGUUUGUAACGUGUAGAAAAUGGAUUCGAGUGGAACGAACCAAACUAAACUCAAGUCUUUCUCAGACCUUUCUGGCUAAUCGUGGAUCAAAGCGAGCAAGCAGAGCCAAGCACAAAUCUAUUUUUGUUCAUACCGAGUGGCUUUCUGUGUUGUUGUGAGGACGAGUGAAUGUCUGGAGAGGCUCCUGUUGGUUCUCUGUUACACCGUUAGCUAUUAAAAGUGGAACAUUCCUUUACA